AGGUUGGUGCGCUAGGGAUGGUUGAAGGAAUGUAUGAAAAUUUGUGCUAUAUGGAGGUUUUGGAGCAGCUCGCGAAAAGACUAGUUGAACCGGAACGAAAGGGCGUUUUAGAAGAAACGGCGAAGAAGCAUGUGCUUCUUGUUGCUAUAGAUGAGGAAGAAGAAAGCGUUAUCGGAUGUAUUGAAAUGGGGCUGGUGAACGUACCACGUCUGCUCGCCAGUGGAAUGUUAAACGAGGUACGACAAUGGGAGGAAAACGUGCGAAAGACGCCGCUACAAGCGCAGAAAGAGGCACAAAGAAAAUCGGCGGGCAAUGGAAACCCCGGUGCCUUGGAACAAACUCCGUAUAUAGGGAAUCUAGCAGUUUCGUCACCAUACAGACGGUUAGGAGUGGGCUCGGUGCUUGUUCGAUCAGCUCAGAGGCACGCGAUGCACGAAUGGGGUCACAAAACUGUGUGCCUACACGUGGAGGCGGGGAAUGAUGGGGCGCAGCGACUUUAUGCGAAUCUUGGGUUUACUUGUGAAAUGAUGGAGCCGGAGUGGUACGCGGAGGUCGGAAAACCAAGGAGGAUGUUUUUGAGAAGCGGGGGCGAGGAGCAGACAAGGGAUGUGGGGGAUAUUGUGAAGGAUUGGAAAAAUUCAAAAGUGGUGGGACGCAAGUUGGGCCCAAUGGAAUACUUACGAUUCUGCUGGUGGGAUCUCGGACGGCGGAGAAGAGAACAAGAACAAGCUGACAAUCGAAUGGAAUGAAAGGUGGACGAUGGGGUGGACUAGUGCGUGGCCUAGAUCUCGCUCGCGUAACGUGCAGUGCCGUUGAUAAACUUGUCUACAAGCAUA